AACAAGCCGCUCACCACCACCCCCCUCGCGUCGCGUCCCUCACUCCUCACUCCACACACCCCGCCACAUCCGCCUCUGCGCGACUGCGCCCCGUGCCCCCACGCCCUGCACGACCAGCAGCAGAUCGAGAUCGAGACGGCCUGACCUCUUGUGGUGAUGCGGUGGGUCGCGUAGGCGUAUCCAAGAUCCGGUGGUGCGGAGCUUUGCUUGCGGGGAUCGAUCGCAGGAGGUGAGGUGACGGGUGUGAGAAUGGAGGAGAAAGUGGGGGAGACGGUGGCAGCGGCGGCGGUGGCGGUGGCGCCUGUGGUGGCGGGGGACCAGGACGGAGUGGCGUACUGCAGCGAGCAUCCGUACCCGCCUGGCGCGGCUGCGGCGGCUGGGGUGGCAGCCGGCGGCGGCAUAUGCGCCUUCUGCCUGCAGGAGAAGCUCGGCAUGUUGGUGUCUUCGUCCAAGUCCAGCCCUUUCCACCCGCCGCCGGCUUCCGCCUCCUCGUCCACUCCGACCAGCCACGUCGCUGCUGAGUCGUCGUCGUCGUCACUGCCUCUCCACCCUUCCGCCGCCGCCGCGGCGCGCAAGGUGAUCCCGGCCUCGGCGGCUGGCGGGCUCAAGAGGAGCAAGUCGGUGGCGCCGCGUCCGGAGGAGACGACGCCGGUGACGGCGCCCGCUCCGUCCGCGGUCACCGCGGACAGCCCGAGGAAGAAGAGCUUCUGGUCCUUCCUCUACUCCUCGUCCUCGUCGUCGAGCGGCGGCCACCAGGGCUCGGCGUCGAUGGCCAACGGUGGCGGCGGCGGCGGCGCGUCGGUGAGGAGGAAGUCGGUGUCGGUGGCCUCGGCGUCGUCGGCGUCGCUGGGACGGAGGCUGGAGGCGAUAGUGGAGCCGGACAGCCCCGGCCGCCGUAGCGAGGGCUCGUCGUCGUCGUCGUUCGGGAGGAAGGUGGCGCGGUCGCGCUCCGUGGGGUGCGGCAGCCGCAGCUUCUCGGGGGACUUCCUGGAGCGCCUCUCCACCGGCUUCGGCGACUGCGCGCUCCGCCGCGUGGAGUCCCACCGCGAGCCCAAGCCCAAGUCGUCCGCCGGCGCGCUCGCCCACCUGGGCGGCAACCACUCCGCCGCCGGCAACGGCGACGACGACGAGUACGAGUCCACCCAGCAGCACCGCAUCAAGUGCGCCGGGUUCUUCGGCGGUCUCGGCGCCGCGCCGCCGCCCACGUCGUCCUCCUACUGGCUGUCCGCUGCCGACGGCGCCACCGCCGCCGCCCCCAGCGCAAGAACCCACGGCGCGCGUAGCCACCGGAGCUGGGCGUGGGCGCUGGCGAGCCCGAUGCGAGCGCUGAGGCCGACGAGCUCCUCCUCCAGCAAAUCCAUCAUGGCCGCGCCCCACAACCGCGGCGGCGUCUCCGGCAACGGCGGCAUGGCGAUGGCCGCGGUGGCGACGAGCUAGCCAUCCAACAUGCAACAAACACCACCGCACACAAGUCACAUCCGGCAUGGUCGGUCGAUGGCCACCCGAACUACACUCCUCCAUAAUUUCUUUAUUUAUUUCGCGCGUGUUGUUAUGUGAUGUCCAUGGUUAAACCCUGCUAUGAUAUGAAAUCAAUCGAUCUCCAGAUGAACUUGACCUUGAUUUGUUGA